UCAAUUUUCAUCCGAACCACCUAAUUCAGACGAUUCUUAUGUUCAUGAUCAAUACAACAGAAUGCAACUUUUCUAUAUAGACUCUAUGAAAUAUAAAUCUCCUACGCAAGAUAUUAACAUAAUGUCAUCUGAAUAUUUUAAUAAUUUUAAAUUUAGAACACGACCUGAUAUUUUAGCGCUAUUAUCUAAGAAACAACUUUUUUCGAGCUUUAAUGCUAAAUUUAGAUUUAUUAAUGACAUACAACUUUUAUUGUAUAAAUAUUUAUUAUCUGAAGAUA